CGGGCGGCUCCAGGCACUUCUUCCCUUGAGUGGGUGGGCUGCUGAGGGUCCCGUGGGCACAGCAUCAUGGUACGGAACGUGGAUGACCUGGAUUUCCACCUGCCCUCACAUGCCCAGGACAUGCUGGAGGGCCUGCAGCGGCUGCGCUCUCAGCCCAAGCUGGCCGAUGUCACACUGCUGGUGGGCGGCCGGGAGCUGCCAUGCCACCGUGGCCUCCUGGCACUCAGCAGCCCCUACUUCCAUGCCAUGUUUGCGGGUGACUUUGCCGAGAGCUUCUCUGCGCGCGUGGAGCUGCGGGACGUGGAGCCAGCUGUGGUGGGGCAACUGGUGGACUUCGUGUACACAGGCCGGCUGACCAUCACCCAGGGCAAUGUGGAGGCGCUGACACGCACGGCUGCACGCCUGCACUUCCCCUCGGUGCAGAAGGUCUGCGGCCGCUACCUGCAGCAGCAACUGGAUGCUGCCAACUGCCUGGGCAUCUGUGAGUUUGGGGAGCAGCAAGGGCUGCUGGGCGUGGCUGCCAAGGCCUGGGCCUUCCUGCGAGAGAACUUUGAGGCUGUGGCACGUGAGGACGAGUUCCUGCAGCUUCCUCGAGACCGGCUGGUCACUUGUCUGGCCAGUGACCUGCUGCAGGUGCAGCCAGAGCAAAGCCGACUUGAGGCCCUGCUGCGCUGGGUGCGCCAUGACCCACAGGCCCGAGCCUCCCACCUGCCUGAGCUGCUCAGCCUAGUGCACCUGGACGCCGUGCCCAGGCCCUGCGUGCAACAACUGCUGGCCACAGAGCCCCUGAUCCAGGAGUCAGAGGCAUGCCGGGCAGCCCUGUCCCAGGGCCGUGAUGGGGCACCACUCGCCCUCCGGCAGAAGCUGGAGGAGGUCCUGGUGGUGGUGGGCGGGCGGGCGCUGGAGGAGGAUGAGGCAGGUGAGGAGCCCACUCCCCACCUUGGAAACUUUGCCUUCUACAACAGCAAGGCCAAGAGGUGGAUGGCGCUUCCAGACUUCCCCGACUACCACAAGUGGGGUUUCUCCCUGGCGGCCCUGAACAACAACAUCUAUGUCACAGGUAGGCAGCUCAGGGACCCCUCCAGGGAUGCCCUGCCCAGCCAAGCACCGGGCUCAGUGCAACUCCCCGCACUGAGUGGGGUCUCUGAUGCUCCUUCAGGGGAAGCUCCAGACCUCCCCGCUGAGUGCCACGCUGGCGUGGCUGCUGUGGACGCCACAAGGUUCCAGGUGGCCUCCUUCAGCACCACCCUGGACGUGGUGGAGGUGGAGAGCUACGACCCCUACACGGACAGCUGGACACCCAUCAGCCCAGCCCUCAAAUACGUCAGCAACUUCUCGGCCGCCGGCUGCCGGGGCCGGCUUUACCUGGUGGGCUCCAGUGCCUGCAAGUACAACGCCCUGGCCCUGCAGUGCUACAACCCUGUCACAGAUGCGUGGAGUGUGAUCGCCUCACCCUUCCUGCCCAAGUACCUGUCCUCGCUGCGCUGCGCCGCACUGCACGGGGAGCUCUACCUCAUCGGGGACAACACCAAGAAGGUCUACGUGUACCACCCCGGGGCCAACCUGUGGCAGAAGGUGCAGUCCCAGCACAGCCUGCAUGAGAACGGCGCGCUGGUGCCACUGGGCGAUGCGCUGUACGUGACAGGUGGCCGCUGGCAGGGCAUGGAAGGUGACUACCACGUGGAGAUGGAGGCCUACGAUACAGUUCGGGACACCUGGACCCGCCACGGCGCCCUGCCCCGGCUCUGGCUCUACCACGGGGCCUCCACUGUCUUCCUGGAUGUCUCCAAGUGGACCCAGCCCUUCAGCUCCACCCAGGAGCACUAAGCCAGGGCUGGGCUCCCCGGAAAGGGCCCCCCAGCAGCCCCUCAUCACCCUGUGGAACGGCCCCCUUUCAUUUUCGCUUAGUUCUUCACUUGGAGCUACCAUUCCUUC